UGUUUCCGCCACCCGCACCAGCAUAACAACAGCUAACACUCCCCACGGCCCCCCAAUCCGCCCUCCUCAAACGAGCAGCCGACCUGCCCUAAAGUCUCACCAAUCCCGCCCUCAGACCCCUCCCUCAGUCUCUGGACUCGAUCUGCUUUUGGGAGAUGGCAGCAGCACUGCAAACGGCGGCCCUCCUCUCGGCUUCUCCCAAUCUGAUCGAUCCUCAGAGGUUUCGCGUCGGGCUGUUGGCAAGAUCUCUUAUAGGAAGGAGAGGAAGCAUCUUCGUUGUCAGAUCCGAUGGUAGAACCUCCGGUUUCUUUAAUGCUAAGUCUCGUAGUGGGAAUUUCAUCACGAAUGCGGUUGCAACUAAGGCUGAUGCGUCUACAAGUUCCACCGCAUCCAAACCUGGACAUGAGCUACUAUUGUUCGAGGCUUUACGGGAGGGACUCGAAGAAGAGAUGGACCGAGAUCCUCACGUUUGUGUCAUGGGCGAAGAUGUGGGUCAUUAUGGUGGCUCAUACAAGGUGACCAAAGGACUGGCUACAAAAUAUGGAGAUCUGAGGGUCCUUGAUACCCCCAUUGCGGAGAACUCUUUCACGGGCAUGGGCAUUGGGGCAGCAAUGACAGGCUUAAGACCUAUUGUUGAAGGAAUGAAUAUGGGUUUCCUCCUGCUGGCGUAUAACCAGAUUUCGAACAACUGUGGUAUGCUUCAUUAUACUUCUGGUGGCCAGUUCAAAAUCCCAAUAGUUAUCAGAGGGCCUGGAGGUGUUGGGAGGCAACUUGGUGCAGAACACUCACAGCGCCUGGAGUCAUACUUCCAGUCGAUCCCCGGCCUGCAAAUGGUUGCCUGCUCGACUCCAUACAAUGCUAAGGGGCUUAUGAAAGCAGCAAUAAGGAGUGAGAACCCUGUGGUGCUGUUUGAGCAUGUGCUGCUGUAUAAUUUGAAGGAGAGGAUCCCAGAUGAGGAGUAUGUGCUUUGUUUGGAGGAGGCAGAGAUGGUGCGGCCAGGAGAGCAUGUUACGAUCCUUACAUAUUCACGAAUGAGAUAUCAUGUGAUGCAGGCCGUGAAGACGCUGGUGAACAAAGGCUACGACCCUGAGGUCAUUGACAUCAGGUCAUUGAAGCCGUUUGAUCUUUAUACCAUUGGGAAUUCUGUGAAGAAGACACAUCGUGUGUUGAUCGUGGAGGAGUGCAUGAGGACAGGAGGAAUAGGUUCAAGUCUUAGGGCAGCCAUCAUCGACAAUUUCUGGGACUACUUGGACGCUCCAAUCAUGUGCUUGUCAUCACAGGAUGUACCGACACCUUAUGCUGGGACUUUGGAGGAGUGGACAGUGGUACAGCCAGCACAGAUAGUAGCUGCAGUUGAGCAGCUCUGCCAAUAAAAGGUCCAAAAGAAGAAAAUAGAGGACUUUGCUUUAUCUUGAUCAUUAUUUGCUUGAUGGUGUCGCGUUCUGAUAUCUUUAGCAGUCUUUUUUCUUUUUUUGCCCGUUUUAGAGAGAGAGAGAGAGAGAGAGAGAGAGAGAGAGUAUUGGCUGACACCAUAGGUUGGCAAAGAGAAAUCUUCCACUACUACUAUUUUAGUAGAGCCAUAAGGAGACGUCAAGCGCUUUGGUCGUGUCUUUUACCAGUGGAAGUAGCUGAAGGACUGGGCACAUAGUGGUGGUAUGAUAAGGGAAAUAUGACACGCCCAUGUGUUAUCCUUAUCCAGUGGAUACAUGACUUGCUGCUACCAUUCAUGUUGGCAACACGUCAGGAUCGUCGUUGACGGGCGCUGGAAAAGGGUGGGUGGUUGGAUGCGAUAUGUUGAACGAACCUGUUUCCUAUUCGUGGUGACGAACUAAGAGUACCAAUUUUUCUUAUUUUGUUUUCUUUCUGGAAAAGAAAAAAAUAUUAUUAAGUUAAUUUUUUUUUGAAUAUAUAAAUAUAUUAUUAAUUGGGAGAAAAAUAUGAUUUGUUCAACUUUUGUAUCAAACUGUAUAAUUAUAUUAAAAAACAUUGAUACUUUUUCA